UCCUGUAAUGAGCAGGUUUUCCAGAGACGGCGAGGGGAGAGGAACAGGCCGAAAAACAAGAGGGGGGACAGAUGACUUGGUGGAUUUUCAGAGGAUGCGAAAGCAGUGAAAAUCCCCGACGGAGGGGCAUCGUUGCGCGUCCUGCUGCUUGGGCGUCAGGUGGAGUCGUUGCGCUGGGGGGUGUCCGCCGAGCAUCCCCGUCCUCCUGCCUCCUGAGGUGUGUUGGUGUGUCUGCUGGGGCUGUUUGCUGAUGUAAAUCCUCCUCUUUAAUGUGUCUCUGUGUGUUUUUUGCGGCAGCGGCGUUGGCGAUGCUCUGAGCUCUGCCCCGUGGGCCUCUGGGACCGACGGAAAAGCCUAGGCCUCGCUUUGCUGCUCCUCCUCAUCGUCUGGUGGAGGCAGAAGGAGGAGGCGACGGGCUGACGAGCCGAGCAGAGCCCCGGCUGCGAGGAGGAUCGGUGGCGGCAGGCGGAGGAGGAGGAAGGAGGAGCACUGCAUGCCCCAUGGGGAGAAGCCGACACCACCAAAGCCACCGCCGAGGCUUCGACUGCUUCUCUGUUGUCAGGUGAUGGUGUUCAGGUGGAGCCGGUGAAUCCAACGGCAGCAGCAGCAGCAGGAGGAGGAGGAGGAGGAGGAGGAGGAAGAAGAGUCGAGGCCCGGAACCUCCAGCCGAGGCCUCCUCCCUGUGUGACCGAAGCUUCAUCCACACUGAUACGUUUUAGAAAUGUCCAGACGAGCAAAGUUUCACAAAUAGCCUCCGUCCGACGGGCGACGCCACAAUGUUCCACGGACAGUGAAUGUAGCACGAGGAGAUGCAGAAUGUAGCUCCUCAACAUUUGCUAAAGACACAAAAAGGACAGGAUGAGUGGAAUCCACCGACACAACGAUGAAAACACAAUAAUUAAUGGUUCGCUAACUAUCGGUAUCAUCAGAACUGGGCUCUGAAGAAGAAAAACAACUGAAAAGAUAAAGUUUCAGACGUUUACAUCCACAUUUACUGGUUCAUUACGUCCUUAUUUCUUCCUUUGACUUCGAUGUUCAGUUUUUUUUCCAAGUUACAUCUGCCUCGGUCGACCUUUAACCUCCGAGUUGAAUUAACAGAUUGUCGUCAAGGGUUGUGUAGCAGAGAAGAUGUACGAUUCACAGUCCCAGGUUUUAAGAGCCGGCGGUGUUUUGUCCGUUUGGAUCGGUGGAGCCUGAAUGCAGUAAUCGGACCAAAAUGAUCAACGCUGUUUGGAAAAGGUUCCAUCACGGUCGUUGAACCUAAACCGAACUCCCAGGUGCAGUAGCUUAUCUCAGCAGCUUUGAUCCGACCAUUUUUCUUUCACCCCAGAAACCCCAACACAUCUGACCUCAGUAAAAAAGUCUAAAGAUCCUGAAAGACCAAAGUGGACGUAAUGUAUUAGUGUGGACUGGAACCUGAGUCUGAACCACCGUGACCUGGUUCAUCAUCAGGUUUGACUUGAUACCAACAACAGAAGCACCUGUAAGUCUGUCUUCACAUUUAAUGAUCCGCCUUCAAGGCUAAUGUCUGCUGCUCUUCCAAAAAGGAUCAUGUGAUCUGAGAGGGACCAAUUAGGGAAGGACUUUUCUCCAAUCAGGCAUUGAGUUCGUUUAUGGAGUUUACAACCUGGGAUUAUUUAAAGUGUGAGAAGAACUGAACUGAGCCCAUCCAGAGCAGGGUCCAGUCUCUGGUCCUGGUUGGAGACAUCAGGUUCUUGGACUGAACCUGGACCGGUUUGUUCUUCUACUGAUUCAUCUAGACCUGGUUCAUUUAUGUCCUCUGGAGGUUUGACACAAACAGCUGAUCCAUGUUGAAAGAACCAGGUUCAGGAUUUGUUUUGGUUCAGGAUUUGUUUUCUUCCAGGACGGAUGGGAAGGCCUGAAGACCGUCAGAAAGCACCUGCAUUUUAGGGACCAUUAAGGGUCGGCGUGGACAUGUGGAAUAAAGGCUGUUUUUUAAAAAUAAGAGGAAUUCAUAUGAACAUGGCCUGAACCUGAACCGGUUCCUCUUCUUCUUCUACGGAUUUUCUUGGACCGGUUUCAUGUCCAGGUUUGACUCAACAACAAAAACAGAAUCAGCUGUUCUUCAGUCUUCGUAUUGAAUUAAUGGUCGUCCAGCUGAUGUCUGGUUGGGGACUUUAGACCAGGUCCAUCCAAACCGCAUCACAUCCGGAGUUUACAAACUUGAAGAAUCUUGGUUUUAGGGUUUGGAUCCUAAACCUCCAGCGUGGACCAGAACCUGUACUUGAACCAUCGCGUUCUGCUCCUUCUUCUUGACGUUCUACGGAUUUGCCUGGACCUGUUUCAUGCAUGUCCACUGGAGGCAGGUUUGACUUUGAUGACGGGGGGUCGUACUGCGGGGGGUGGGAGCAGGGGAAGGCCCAUGGGCGGGGGGUGUGCACAGGGCCGCAGGGCCAGGGCGAAUACGCCGGUGCCUGGAGCCACGGCUUCGAGGUCCUGGGCGUCUACACGUGGCCCAGCGGGAACAGCUACCAGGGCACGUGGGCGCAGGGAAAGCGCCACGGCAUUGGCGUGGAGAGCAAAGGCCGCUGGGAGUACAGGGGGGAGUGGACGCAGGGGUUCAAAGGUCGCUACGGGCAGCUGGAGAGCACGGCCAGCGGUGCCCGCUACGAGGGGACGUGGAGCAACGGGCUGCAGGACGGAUACGGAACCGAAACCUACUCCGACGGAGGAACGUAUCAGGGCCAGUGGCUCAGUGGGAUGCGUCACGGUUACGGCGUGCGGCAGAGCGUUCCCUAUGGCAUGGCGGCCGUCAUCCUGUUCCCUCUGCGUACGUCCAUAAACUCCCUCCGGUCCGAGCACAGCCACGGCCCUCCGAUGGCAGAGGAUGGCUCCGCCCCCACACCCACAGACGGCGUGGCGGCAGGUUUGGCGGGAAGUCCCGUGGGCCGCGGCGGCUUCGCCCUGACAGCGCCCAGUGAGGCUGAGCGGCAGAGGAAACGCAAGGGACGCUUCCGUCAGUCCAUCCUGAGCGGGCUGAAGCUGCGGCGCUCGGAGUCUAAAAGUUCAUUGGCCAGUCAGCUGAGCAAACAGAGCUCGUUCUGCAGCGAAGCCGGGAUGAGCACCGUCAGCUCCGCCGCCUCCGACAUCCACUCCAACGCCAGUGAGAGCGAGCAGGGCGCCCCCGUCGACGCCACUGUCACCGAGAUGUAUGCCGGCGAGUGGAGGAGCGACCAGAGGGCGGGGUGGGGUGUGGGCCGGCGCUCCGAUGGCCUGCACUACGCCGGCGAGUGGGCGGGGAAUAAGAGGCACGGUUACGGAUGCACCACCUUCCCCGACGGAACCAAAGAAGAAGGAAAGUACAAACAGAACGUCCUGGUCAGUGGCAAACGAAAGAACCUGAUCCCUCUGAGAGCCAGCAAGAUCCGUGAGAAGGUGGACCGUGCCGUGGAGGCGGCGGAGAAGGCGGCGGACAUCGCCAAGCAGAAGGCGGAGAUCGCCAUGUCCAGGAUGAGUCACGCUCGUGGGAAGGCGGAAUCAGCUGAAGGUGUAGCUCAUAAAGCCAUGGAGGAGUGUCGUCUGGCUCGGAUCGCAGCCAAAGAACUGUCUCCAUCUUUUCACAUCUAUGGAAACGGUCUAGAAUGUCAACGGCCCAAACACCAGGAUGGGAAGGACAAAGACCACGAGGUGAUCUCCACGGGGACGGACAGUCCAGAGCUGUGCACGCCUGACACUACGCCCCCGGUCAUCUCGCCCGACCUCAGCCCGGUGCUCAGCGUCCCCGCCUCCCCGCCCCGCAGCCCACCCAAAAACACCCACCGGCCCCGAAAUGCCUGCUUCAUGAGGCAGAGCGCCCUGGACGAACAGGGAGGGGCUGAGAUCCAGGUGCUGGUGGAGGGGCGUGGCCUAGACCUGCCACGGGGCGGGACCAACACGUGGACCGACGACAUGUAUCCGGAUCGAGGGGGCGGAUGCAGCAGCCGCUCCACGACGCCAUCGCUGCUGGAGGAGACGGAGGGUCAGAUCAACGGCCACGAGCUGACCAAUCACAGAGCACGGGACAAACCGUUGGCCAAUCACAAGUCACGGGAACACGGCCCUGCCUAUCGAACAUGGGAGCACUCACUGUCCAACCAAAAGCCCUCCAAGCAUGUCUCGUCCAAUCACAAGUCGAGGGAGUACUCGUCGUCCAAUCACAAAACAUGGGAUCAUUCGUCGGCCAAUCACAACACCUCGUCCAAUUACAAGCCGCAGGUGCACAUUUUAUCCAAUCACAAGGACCACAACAUGUCCAAUCACAAGACUUCUGAGCAUGCUUUGUCCAAUCACAAGCCCCAAGAGUAUAUCAUGUCCAAUCACACCAUUAAGGACCACGCCCCUUCUGCGCUCUCUAACCAUGCCCACCCCAAGCUCCACCCCCCAUUACACAGCGACCAUCAACUGGACUGGACCACCGACGGCACCCUCCGGUGGAGCCCUGCCCACUCCCGCCUCCCGGAGCGGGACGAGGAGCGGACCAGCGACUACACGGUGGACAUGAGGCUCCAGAGUCCGGACUCGCAGCCGAGCCGGGUUCUGGAGUCUCCGGGUGCCACGGCGGCAGGGGGGCGGCUGCUGCGGUCCCGUGGUGGCGGCCUGCGGCCUGUCAGAGAGGGCUCGGUGGACUCGGUUCAGAUGCUGGACAACCUGAAUGUGGGGGCGGAGCUGGAGGAGUGGCCACUGCACAGAGAUCUGACCCUGUCCCCGCCCUUAAAGUCUCAGCCAAUCACACUGGAGCAGGACGGAGAGCAGCUCACCCUCAAAACAAACUCAGGCUCCAGCUCUUUUCUGGUGGUUAUGGUCAUUUUACUCAAUAUUGGAGUAGCCAUUCUGUUCAUUCACUUCUUUAUUUAAGCAUAUACAGGUAUGAUCUAUAGACUUAUUGAUAAUCUGAUAUAUUCUAUUCUGACCUGCUGAGACGGACUCUCUGAUUGGACCGGAGGCUGAGCGACGGACAGACGGACGGACGCUCUCUUCUCUCCUGUGUUGAAGCCCGUUUCAGUUUCAGACGCUUCUUUUUGAGCUUGCAACCGUAGAAAACAUGUCCGAGUGCAGCUUUAAGCGAGGGGUGGGGGGGGGCACCGGACACACAUGCAUGGGCGUCCGCCGCCGCUGAGCGCCCAAGGUUCAGGCCUGAUGAGAGCAUGACCCCGCGACCCCUCCGCGACCCCUCCGUGACCCCGGCGGUAACACUCGCACUAUGCGCUACAGAACUAUGCUGCAAGAGUAGAUCCAUUUUAAAGGGCUCCGUCAUUUCCUGUUUCGUUUGUCACGGCGAGCGCGGCGGCCAUUGCAUGAGGCGGCGCGUGGCAUUUUAAAAAGUGCAUUUUCUAUCCCUUUAACAUCACUGUUCUGUCCUCAUUUCAUCCCAUUUGGAAACACGCCCACUUCACUUCACUGUCACUUCACGUCCAAAACAAAAAAGCCCAGAAUCCAAUCGGAUCCAGACUGACCUGGACCUGGGAGUCGGGCGCCUUUGGGUUUUACUGCUGCACAUGCACACGUUCACACGGUGACGAGAUCCAGCCCUUUGUACAGGAGACUGUUCUGUUAUAACCACGGACUCUAAUAUACUCAAUGUGUAUGUGUCAUUAUUAUCCUACGUACGGAGACGCUGCUCGGAACCAGAACCCACAGAACCAGACGUCUGCGCAGGGAUGGCGAUUCACCGAAGAAACACAGAGGGGACUGCUAGGAAACAGGCAAAACAGUGAACAAAA